UAACUGUAGUAAAAUAAACAGUCAUGCGUGGGUAUAACGUGUGGCAAUAUCAUGUAUAAUAAAUGUAACGAGAGGAGCACGUGAGCAGCCCCCCCCGCUUCUCCUCCCGCCGCGCAGAGCCGGGUUCUACCACGAGCCUCGCAUCCUCGCGCGGGCGCCCGACGACUGGACCUGCAGGACCCGCGACUCCAUGAGCAGAGAGCAUCGUCACUCAUCUUCGGUCAUCGUACUCAGGAAUAUUCUUCAUAAUAAUAAUAAUCAUCAUCAUCCAUCCCGACGCGUCCCUCGAUGUGAGCGCGACCGGUCCGCCAAUCAUGGAGCACAUCCGAACACCAAAGGUAGAACAUGUCAGUUUGAUUGACAGGGCAUCUCCCAGGAAGCCCUGCGUAGGAACUCUCUACCUGACCGCCAGUCACUCCAUCUUCGUGGAGCACGACGCCGAGCGGCACCGGGAGACCUGGGUGCUGCACAGCUUGGUGUGUCUGGUCGAGAAGCUUCCCACAACCCCGGCUGGAUGCCCCUUACUCCUUCGCUGCAGAAACUUCCAGGUGUUCCAGUUUAUCAUCCCCCAGGAGAAGGACUGCCAGGAUGUCCACGCCUCACUCACACGCCUCUCACGACCAGAGCGAUAUGCAGAGCUCUACUGUUUUUCCUUCAACCCCAAUACGGAUAAGGAGGCUCGUGAGGAAGGCUGGAGCGCCAUUGAUCUCCAGGCGGAAUACCGCCGCAUGGGGCUUCCUAACCACCUCUGGCAGCUCACGAUGGCCAAUCGGGACUACAGGGUGUGUGACACAUAUCCCAGCGACCUGUACGUCCCAAAGUCAGUCACGACCCCCAUCGUGGUUGGGAGCUCCAAGUUUCGCAGCAGGGGCCGGUUCCCCACGCUGACCUACUACCACCGGGACAACCAUGCCACCAUCUGCCGCAGCAGCCAGCCGCUGUCAGGCUUUAGUGCACGCUGCCUGGAAGACGAGCAAAUGCUGCAGGCCAUCACCAGCUCGAACCCAGGCAGCUCGUUCAUGUACGUGGUGGACACCAGGCCCAAGCUGAAUGCCAUGGCCAAUCGAGCAGCAGGAAAGGGCUACGAAAAUGAAGAUAAUUAUUCCAACAUCAGAUUCCAGUUCCUUGGCAUUGAGAACAUCCACGUGAUGAGGAGCAGCCAGCAGAAGAUGUUCGAAGUGUGUGACCUUCGCUCACCCACCAUGACAGACUUUCUCUGGGGACUGGAGAACUCAGGCUGGCUGAAGCACAUAAAGGCCAUCCUGGAUGCAGGUGUCUUCAUUGCAAGAGCAGUAGCAGAGGAGGGCGUCAGUGUGCUCGUCCACUGUUCAGAUGGCUGGGACCGGACCGCCCAAGCGUGUUCUGUGGCCAGCCUUCUCCUGGAUCCUUUCUACCGGACCUUGAAGGGACUCAUGGUACUCAUUGAGAGGGAUUGGGUCUCAUUUGGGCACAAGUUUUCCCACAGGUACGGCCACCUGGAUGGUGACCCUCGCGAAGUAUCUCCAGUAAUGGACCAGUUCCUGGAGUGUGUAUGGCAGCUCUCACUCCAGUUUCCCUGUGCCUUUGAGUACAACGAACGCUUCCUCCUUCACCUCCACGAGCAGAUUCACUCCUGCCAGUUUGGAAACUUCUUGGGAAACAGCCAGAAGGAGCGGGAGGAGCUCAGGGUCAGGGAGAGGACCCAUUCAGUCUGGGCUCAUCUGUGGAUGAACAGGGCUGACUACAUCAACCCUUUAUACAGGCCAGACCACAGCCAGACCCAGGGAGUGCUGCGGCCUGCCACCGCCCCCUACUGCUUCAAGUUCUGGAGGGGCAUGUACUGCCGCUCGGAGCAGGUCCACCAGCGGCCACCCACGGUGACGGAUGUCCUGACGACCGUGAGGGAGGAGUCCCAGCAGCUGGAGGCGGAGCUUAGCGCCCAACAGGAGAAAAUGGCGAUUUUGGGAAAGAUGCGUACGAUGAGCGUCAUUCCCAAGAUGAGCACAGUGAAUGAGAGCAGGCUGACAUCUGGCUCCCCAUGGGACAAACCAGGCCGUUUCCCUUGCCACCGGGGGGAGCCAGAGAGCCUGCUGCAGGGAGUGGCCCGCAACAAGCUCAAGAGCUCCGACCCUGACCUUUCAACCAACAGCGACCAGGAGUCCGGAGUGACCGACCUGAGUUGCCUGUCGCCAAGCAGCGGAGAAGACAGCGUGAAGGACCCGGACUCGGACGAGGCCGCUUACUCUACUGCCUGACUGCAGGGGGCACACUAAUGAUCAUCAGGGAAACACAAGGGCAUCAUGGGUAAGCUAAGAUGCCUGCGAGUGAGGAAUUCAAUAAUUUCUUACUGUACACAUAUACUGAAGUAAAGGGAUGGACCAGUCUGAAGUACAGCCUGAGAUGAGAGGAAGCAGUCUAAAACUGGACGAUUUUACCAUGUUUAUUUUGGGUGUGAACAGUGAAUCCCCUUAGCCAGCUUUUAACACCAUUUAAAUGUUUUAUCCAUUUCACACUGGGUAAGUGCGUAUAGAAGAAUGUGAGCAGACAAAGAAUAAAGCAAACCACACCCAUAGGAAAAUGUUUACAAAAGUGAAGGGCAAAAUAUAUUUUGGUGCAAUAUUUUAUGUUCUCUGUUAUGCACUUUUAGCAGGUAGUUCUCAGUUGUGGGGAAGUGGACUCGGAGAUACCAAAAAUAAAGGACCCCCCCCCCCCGCUAGUUCUAUGGUGAACACCCACCAAAUAAAUCACCUCCCUUGGAGUGAGGGUGGGUGAAGAUCUUGUAUUUUAAGCUCAACUGAAGGAUGGAGGUGUGUAACAGCUAAAUUCUCCGCAGGGUAGCUGUAAGGGCCAUGGAUGUUUAUUUGGACACACACAGGGUUCUGAUACCAAAAUGUAAAUCAGCCUGUUCCGCAGAGGGUGGGUGGGGCCAUACAGCACUGGGAGCAUCCUCAGGUUUGCAGCAGCUUUCCCUGCCUGUUUCUAGUACAAACCCACAUUCUGCUUUCCCCUGUAGCGAGCGAGAACACUGGAGACACACUUAGUUGUUUUUUUUCAAGGUAAUCCAUUUUGUAGUGAAAUGUGUGUUUAGUGAUGGGGAUAAGGCCCAUCUCUUCGUACCAUGGUGUAGUGUUCAUAUUUUCACAGCCAACACACCGUCCAUGUGAAAAGCUUGGGGUUUUUCCUGUUUUGUACUUAAUUCCUUGUCUUUCCUUAAAGGAUCUACGUGUUGCUUAGGACUUUUGAACGACAAAUCAUGUAAUCUUUUAAAAUCUUGUGGACAAACCUACAAGUGGGAUUUUAGCAUCGCAUUUCAGAAAGUUGUUCCUUUUAUGUUGUAAACAGCAUUCUUGUAACAAAUGAGAUCAGUUCAUUUGUUACCUAUAAUCAAAUUACAUUUUUAUCCCUUGUUACAGUAUAUAAGUUGAAGUGGUAGUCUUGUUACUAUUCUAACGCUAAUACUUAUCUAACGAUUCAAGUUAAAUCUGUAUCAAACUGGUUCUGUUAUAAUGUAUUCAAUAUUGUAUUGUAAGUAAAAAAUAAACUCAA